UUAAAAUGGUCAGAGAUAUCAUUGCCUCAUUAGCUAGUAACUAAAAGAAUUCAUAUUUAAUCGGUGAAUAUAAGCAUUUAGAUAAACACAACAACCUAGAUCAUUCAAACCGAUUGAUCGCUAGUGGGUGACGUGGAAGAGAAUAGUAAUUACAUUGGGUAAAGAGGGUCUUUUUGUCAGGUAAGCUCCCUAGAGGCGUAGGUGUCCAUGUGCUGUUGGCUUUUCAUAUCAUUAAACUCAACACCUUUAUUAAUCUCUCUCCCCCUCCCUCCUUCAAACAGCUACUUUUCCUUCACAAAUUUGCAAACACCUUGAAUGCUUCUAUCUAUAAAUCCCCAAUUUGCAAGCAAACUCAGCUCAAUUAUGCAACUUUCCCAUCUCUGACACAAUCAUUUUUCUUUCCCCGUUUCCCGGAAUCCAAACACCUACCUAGAGGAGGGAAAAAAGGAACACCCACCUAGAGAGAAAAAAAUGGUUUCAAUAGGCAGUGGUUGUAGUGUUGUUCAUGGAUCAGCUUCAUCAGAACCAAAUUCCAGUCCUCGGAUAUCUUUCUCUUCUGAGUUUCUUGAUGAAAACGACUUCAUUUCCAUCACUCCAAAUUCACAUCUAGAGAGAGAACAAGAGAUUUCUGAGAGACAGAAGAAGGACAGAUCAGAGAAGCUAGCAUGGAGUGCUGAUUUUGAGUUUCUUUCUAAUAAAGUUAGUAGUCACUCCAUGAUUACAGCUGAUGAGCUCUUCUUUGAAGGGAAGCUUCUUCCCUUUUGGCAAAUGCAGCAAGCAGAGAGGCUUAACAAAAUCAGUCUGAAAUCUUCUAAAGAUGUAGAUAAACAAGGCUUGGUGGACAUAGAGGUAAACAAGAAGGCAGAGAACAAAGUGAAUUGGUUACUCGACGACGACCCGUCGCCGAGACCGCCAAAAUGCACUGUUCUGUGGAAAGAAUUGUUGAGGUUGAAGAAACAACGCGCUUCGUCUGCGCUAUCACCAUCUUCUUCUUCGUCUUCGUCGUCGUCGUCGUCUUCUUCCAAGUCGAUGGCUGAUGCACCCAAAACAGAGGAAGGGACAACAAGAAACAAAGAGAAGAACAUUAAGAGGAUAAAGAAGGGUUUGGAAAGGACAAGAUCAGGCAGUAUAAGAAUAAGGCCUAUGAUUAAUGUGCCAAUUUGCACACAGCUGAAGAGCAGUGUUUUGCCACCCUUAUUCCCACUUAAGAAAGGAAGAUUUGAUAGAUAAGAAGACGAAAUUAGUAGCUAAAGUCAGCAGCUCAAGAUCUCAUCAAGUUUAUCCAACAUGUUAAUCUCCCUCUCUCUAUUGUUACAUUUCUUGACAAUUUUAAACUUUCCGUCUGGGUAUGCAUUAAUGUUGGUUAUUAUGGCGGUGGAUCUAAUAAUCUACGUUUGUACAUGCUGACCUCUAGUUUUUGUUUGUUGGUAUUCCUUGAUUAAUCAUCUUAUGCUUUUUUGGUUCGACAUA